CAAACAGAAAAUGUAAAGCGUUGGAGAGAUGUUUUACUCUAACAGUGUCAUUUGACUGUUAGGUAAAUGGCAAAUCAGAGUCAUCAGACAUUCUUUGCGUCCUCACCUAUGGAGAAUUUCAUCAAUCACCAUCGCAUCAUCAUCACUUCUCAUGGAUUUCACAGAUACCGGAAUCUACCGCUCGGAUUCUGCUGCCUCCGAUCAAGACCAUGACCUCCGACAAUGUAAUAAUCACUAUUCGUUAGACUCUGACUUUCUCCGUCUCCGAAGUCAGAUAUUCGAAGGGAGUUAUCGGAGAACUGAUUUGAUUAGAGUGAACCUUGAGCUUUCCCACGAGAGAGAUGCACUUAGGCGAAGAAAUCGUGAGCUUGAAGCUGGAAUUUUGGAGGCAGAGAUGAUUAGAAAGGAAAUGAAGAGAGAUAUGGAAGUUUCUAAAGAAAGAGUAGGUGAAUCGGAUGGAGAGACGAAGGAGAAAUCCAAAUUACUAUCGGAUAUUUCGGAUUCCGUACGAUCUAUGGAAGACCGCUUGUCGAAAUCGAUCCGCUGUUUAAACGAAGAGGAAGAGGAAAGAGGGGGGAAACUGGAAAGAGAGGAAUAUAAUUUCAUGUCAAUAUUGGAGUUAGUCAAGGAGGUUGAAACGAAGUUAAAGACGUUCAUGGAAUCAAUGGAGAAGAAGAAGCUAGCGCUAAGUAGAAGUGUGGAGCUCUUGGAAGAGGAGAACAGAGAUAUCAGUAUCUUGUUAAGGGCUGCUUUGUCUGAGAAACAAACUGCAGAGAAGCAAUUGAAAGAGAUGAAUGAGCAGAAGGGAUCGGCUUUGCUGCAAAUCGCAGGACGAGGAUUGCAGAGAAUAGGUUUUGGUUUCGGGUUCGGGGAUUCUGUAGAGGAGAGCUCAGAAGCGGGAAAUCUCGCCAAGGACAAGGAAAGAGAAGAAGAGAAUGGUGUGGUUAUAGCAAUAGAGAACACUAUGAAGAAGCUACGGCAAGAGGUUUCUCAGCUGAAGAUAUCUUUGGAGGAAUCAAGGUUAGAAGAAGAGCGAUUGAAGAAAUUUACAGAGGAACAAGCUCAGAAAAUAGCAGAGAACACGGUGUAUAUCGACAAUCUGCAAAAUCAAGAGAUGUUUCUUGCUCAAAACGUGGAAGAGCUAGUGAAAGUAAUAAGAGAAGCUGAAUCAGAAGUAAGUAGAUGGAGAGAAGCUUGUGAGCUAGAAGUUGAAGCAGGGCAGCGCGAAGUGGAAGUACGCGAUCAACUCAUAGCGGUUUUAAAGACAGAGGUAGAGAAGCUGAGAUCAGCCUUGACCAUAUCAGAGGGAAAACUAAAAUUGAAAGAAGAAUUGGCUAAAGCCGCAAUGGUAGCAGAAGAAGCAGCUGAGAAAUCUCUGCGGUUGUCCGAGAGAAGAAUAGCUCAACUUCUCAGCCGCAUUGAAAAUCUCUACCGCCAAUUGGAAGAAGCAGAGUCUACAGAACGCAGACGCGGAAAGUUUAGGUAUGUUUGGUGUUGGCCGAUGUGGCGCUUGCCUACUGCUGCUUCUGCUGCUGCGACCGCUAGUGGUGGUUCUUCAUAUACAAGCAACAGAGAAUUGUUACGAUAUGAUGCGUGAUGAUCUAGUACUGUUGGCAGUUAGCACAAUAGUUGUAUAGACUAAAUAUUUACUUGUAUUAAAAAUCGUUACUAUUGUGCGGAAAAUAAAGUCCCACUUCCUCAUAAUGUAACCAAGAUUUAGCAUCCUAUCGAUAGGUAAAGUUGAGAAUUUUACA